AUGAGUGCCGGAGAGGACGACGACCUGAAAUUGCAGCGAGCUUCUGCAUCGCUCCUUUCAGACUUCGAGAGGCUACUGCCACGACUGCUGCGAAAACGACAGCAUGGCGCGACCCUCGGUCCCCUCCGUCAACAUGUCAGAGCAACUGAUAUGCACAAAGCAUGCAGCUUGGUCGAGCCAUUUCAGGAGGAUCCACAGAUCCUAGACACCCAUCUGAAAACCUUCAUUCCUCCCCUAGUUGCUGCCUAUCUGGAAGCGAUAUCAGUGAGCGCCAAAGAAGAGCCAUCACAAGGCUUUAUCACUCUUCCGCAUGCCAUAUGCUCUGUAUUGAAUACCUUUUGUAAGGUUCGAGGCGAGAAGGUCAUCAAAGGAUUCUUCAACAACGAGCCGCGUUAUCUCGAACCAAUUUUGAGGGAGUUGGAGGCCAGCGAGGAUCCCAGGUCCGAGAACGAUGAUUCCAUACAGCCUUUAGCGGUUCAGCCAUGGAUACAGCGCUAUGUGCUCCUGUUGUGGCUCUCACAGCUACUCUUAGCGCCCUUUCCCUUAGAGUCUAUGUCUGGGCUGCAAGUUUCUGCAGAAGCGCCAGUAGCUGUUGGGCUGAGGCUGCCGGCAGAAUUGCCUGGCGUGACUCUCCGAGUGCUCUCGGUAUGUAUGUCAGGCCUUCGAUCUCCUACAAAGGAGAGGGCUGCCGCUGCAAGUCUUUUAGUGAGAACGUGUGUGCGACCAGACAUGCAAAAGCUAGGUUUACUGGAUGCCAUGGUGCAAUGGUCGCUAUCCUUUUUCACGGAUAUUAACGGCGAGAGAACCGAUAUACACCAGUGUCUUGGUGUACUGUCGUUCUUAUCCGGUCUUCUAGCAUCCGCUACAAAUGAGGAACUAGGCCCUUUCCUCGCUGCCAUCUAUCUGUCAUGCAGAAAGAUCCUGGACCAAGAAAGUCUUGCAUUUGUUAGAUCGUCAGCUGUUGCGCGCAAACUAGUCGUGAAGAGUUUGCGUAACACUGUGCUACAUUGCCUCCAAGCAACGUCAGUCCUUCCUGGGCUUGACUCAACAGUGGUAUUGGAAGAGGUCAUCGAAUACCUUCUCGAAGCACUUGCAGAUGGCGAUACACCGGUCAGAUAUGGUGCCAGCAAAGCGCUUAGUAUCAUCACCCUUAAAUUGGAUGCAGACAUGGCCAGCGAAGUGGUUGAAGCGAUACUUUCCUCUCUCACAGAGAAUAUCUACUGGCAGGGCUCCAGACGGAAUCUGAAUGGUGUUAACCCACUUCGAUGGCACGGGUUGACCUUAACGCUAUCGCAAUUACUCUAUCGCAAAGCGAUCUCUACCAGCCAUUUGUCGGAAGUACUCAACGCCCUUCUGCUGUCCCUCGGAUUCGAGCAGCGUUCACCAACUGGAGGAUCUAUUGGUACCAAUGUACGUGAUGCGGCUUGCUUCGGUAUCUGGGCACUCUCUCGCCGCUACCCUACAGCCGACCUUCUGGCAGUGGAGACCGCUUCAAUCAAAGCAUCUGAGCACCUCAAGUCGUUACACGUCCCUCAAGUGUUGGCCAUUGAGUUGGUUGUGGCUGCAUGUCUUGACCCAGCAGGUAAUAUCAGAAGAGGAUCAUCAGCUGCGCUUCAGGAACUCAUCGGUCGCCACCCCAACACGAUAGAAGAGGGCAUACCGCUCGUACAGAUCGUUGACUUCCAUGCUGUCGGGCUCCGUCAACGAGCAAUGUCUGAUGUGGCUAUCAAGGCGGGAGGGUUGCAUUCACUGUACUGGGAUGCUCUCUUCAGCGGUCUGCUAGAUUGGAGGGGAACUGGGUCGUUGGACUCUGACUCACGCCUCUUUGCAGCAGACGCUAUAGGCUCUCUAUCCAAGGCUCGGCCUCCUGUGGUGGUACAAGAGAUGUCGAUUCAAGUCCGCAAAAAGCUUGCGGCAUUGCGGCCUCGCGAGGUUGAAGAGCGCCAAGGAUUGGUAACUGCACUUGCGGCUCUCAUUGACACUGCAGGAUUGUCUCACGCCAAGAGAGCACAUGAGAACUCACAUGCGCCCUUGAUGGAGCUCUGGACAUUGUUCGCCAGCGAAUUAAAGCUCGAAGACAAAGCAUUCACAUCACCAGCGCUACGGCCUCAGUUCACAGCAUCAUCACUUGCUUCAGAUGUACAAGAUCAGAUUGCAAGCGCCUUGCACAUUGCAUUGAAUGACUAUACCAUCACCGAGCGGGGAGAUGUCGGGUCACUUGUUCGACUUGAGGCCUUGAAAACUGGCCAAUUGGCUUGGACAUGUGAUUUACUCACCGGAAGACGCAACGAGCGCGAGUACGACAUCUUUGCCGACGUAACUCGGUUAUCUCUGGAGAAGCUGGACAAAAUGCGCAUGAUCGCCUAUCAAGUUCUUCAGCAAAGAGAAAAUAACAAUGAGGUCAUACACAAUGUCUCUUCCAAGGCUUACUUCCUGAGCGCACUAGGUGUAUUAGCGAUAGACCCCUCGAUCAGGGACGCCAUCUGUGUUGGAUUUGUGAGUUCUGCGGGCAUGGGCUCUGAGUCUGUUGUGCAGAAUUCGCGGGCAGCUUUGCUGGAUUUUGUUGCCAUACUUCCAAACGAAGACUUAUCGGACGAUCCGCGGUUUACCUUGGCCGACUUUGCAAACUGCUUUCUGACGCUCCUCAAGGAAAACAUCACCAAUGAUAGGGUUUUGCUUCCACUACUAGAGGUGAUAUCCUUCUUGUUCGACAUGCAGGUUAUGCAGCGUCUGCAGUCGACGCCUUUCAACUUCCGAGUUCUCCUUUCCUAUACUCAAAAGGCCCACUUCAAGUCUACGCACAUGCAAAAGCUUCAUCUCGCAUUGGACGUGUAUCGUGGCUUGGGAGACAUAACACUGACAAGGACCGACACUCUCUCCAAGGUCGUGAGCAUGCUUUUACAUCCGUUCCCAAAGGUACGAAUUGCAGCCGCCGAGACGCUCUGGUACUUGACGCAUGAGGGAGGAUUGAAGCGCCAUGAUUGGAGUCUACCAUCAAAGAGCUUAAAGCCUGCCGUAGACGAGAUCGAGACAAUCUUGACUACAGUUCAGGUCUAA